AUGGCGGCGUGGCUGACGCCCGGCGCGGUGGUGGCGGUCUCCGAGCACGGCGACGGCAAUGGGACGCUGCAGCUGGUGCUGCAGGUGGUGGACGUGCGGAUGGUAAAAAACGUCGAGAACCCCUCCGCCGAGUGCUUCCGGAUGGUGCUCUCCGAUGGUGUCUACACGAUGCAGUCCAUGCUCGCCACCGCCGAGAACACGCGCGUCCGGGAUGGCUCCAUCCAGAAGGGCUCAAUUAUCCACCUCCAGGAGUUCACCUGCAGCACCAUCCAGAACCGCAGGUUCAUUAUUGUUAGCAAACUUUAUGUUCUGCAAAGUGAGUGCAACAUAAUGGGAAACCCCAAACCCUAUGAGAUGAGGAACCAACCUAAUGAGCAGGUCACCAACUUACUGGCCAAUGCUGCUCAAGCUAAUACUGGCAUUACCCCUGUUAGUGCUUUGAACCCAUACCAAACUAUAUGGAAGAUCAAGGCUAGGGGUGGAGAAAUCCGUGCAACAUGCUUCAAUGCGCAGGCUGAUCAGUUUUUCGACCUCAUUGAGGUUGAUAAGGUGUACCUGAUAUCUAAAGGGUCGGUGAAACCAGCACAGAAGAAGUUCAACUCUUUGAAUCAUGAGUAUGAAAUAACUCUGGAUUUCAAAACAUCUAUUGAAGUCUGCAUUGAUGAUGAUAGCAACAUCCCUAGGCAGCAGUAUAAUUUCCGGCAGAUAAGCGAAAUUGAGAACAUUGAGGCAGGUGCUAUUGUGGAUUUGGUUGGGAUUGUUACAUCAGUUGGUCCUUCUGCCAUGAUAAUCCGAAAGGAUGGCUCAGAAGCCCAGAAAAGAACUCUUCAACUGAAAGACAUGUCUGUUCGGAGCAUGGAAAUAAUCCUUUGGGGCAAAUUCUGUGAUGCAGAGGGACAUCAACUGCAGUUGCUGUGUGAUUCAGAUUCAAACCCUAUACUGUCUCUCAAAGGUGGACGUGUUAGUGAUUUCAGUGGUAGAUCUGUGGUCACAAUCAGCUCAACUCAGUUAAAAGUAAACCCAGAUUUUCCAGUGGCUGAAAGGCUGAAGCAGUGGUACAUAACUGAAGGAAAGAAUACUGCUUGCAUUUCUUUGUCUCGGGGAAUAUCAAACAUGAGCGGGAAUCAUGUGCUGAAAACAAUUGCACAGAUCAAGGAUGAGAACCUGGGGCGAUCAGAUAAGCCUGACUUCAUCACUGUUAGGGCUGUACUCUCACAUGUGGGAGCUGAUAAAUUCUGUUAUCAAGCUUGUUCCUUGGAGCUUAAUGGUAAGCAAUGUUGUUCCUUGGAUCUUAAUGGUAAGCGAUGCUACAAAAAGGUGAUGAGAAAUGGUGAUGGGACAUGGUAUUGUGAUAAAUGCAAUCAGCGCACUGAAAAUUGUGAGUACAGGUACAUGCUUUCGUGUCAGAUCAAGGAUCACACUGGUACUACUUACGUUACUGCAUUCCAAGAGGCUGGUGAAGCAAUAUUAGGCCACACGGCGCAAGAGCUUUUCAUGAUACGAAAUGUAGAACAAGAUGACCUGAGAUUCACAGAAGUCAUGCAGGCGGUCCUUUGGCGUGAAUACCUAUUCAAGCUGAAAAUCGAUGAGCAAACCUAUAACCGUGAGCAGCGUGUGAAAUGCACCAUCAUUGGUGUCAAGAAGCUGGAAGAGACCAACAACCUUUUGAAGGAUGUUUCGCGCCCAGUUCUGAAGGAUGAUUCGUCCUACACCCCAAACGUUGGCUCUGCCAAUUUGGAAGCUAGACAGAGCAUGCUAACCUCCAGCAAUGCUAACCUCCAGCUAGACAGAGCAAGCUACAGCUCCAGCAUGCUAGCCUCCAGCAAUGUGGGUGCCACAGGCUUUGCACAGUCGAACUGGAUGCCUACUCCACCAUCAGCUUCAUCCGAUGGUUGUGAUUUCAAUGGUGGCUUUGGUUUUUUGGAUCAGUCGGCAGUGAGGGGAGCCCCACUGUGCUUCAAAUGCAACCAGCCUGGGCACUGGUUUAAGGACUGCCUUGUCUGA